UUGCACUUCUCCACAGACACUGGUGACGGUGGCCUAACCUGCGACGGCGCCAUGGAGUGCCGGCCGGCUGCCGCGAUCCAGAUGCGCUUCAAGGCUUUAAGCGAAUUGCUGCCACAGGAGCUGUGUGAUAUCAGCACCUUGCAGAAGCAUCCAAAGUUUCCGAUGCUGAUUGGCUGCGACCGCAAGCGCAUCAUCGCCAUUGAUAGCAGGAGUGGCGCUCACCAGGUCUUGCACGAAAGUGAGUCACUGCUGAGAGUCUCUUCUGUGUCUCCCAAGACUGGAGACAUCAUCUACAGCAUUUCGCUGGAUCGAGGAGGAAAUUUCGAGGUGGAGGAACGAGAGUUCUACAUCUUGAAGAUGGAGAACGCUAAUCCCGUGAACGGCUUCCCCACCACGCGCGUGCCGCCACAGCCACUCUACUUGCCCCAUCCACAUGAGGAGCCAUUCUACGGGAUCCAGGUGGAGCGCAUCAUCGACCUGGAGAAUGGUGGGCGAGUGUACCUGGGUGACGGAGAUGGGGGCACCGGCUUUUGCCAUGUUGGUCCACAAGGAUACAUCCUCGGUUGGAGCGAAGACUGUGACGACAACGGCAUGUGCCUCGAUGUGGAUGCUGCCAGCAACAGCUUUGGGAUCUUCGACACCGAAGGCUACGGGGUCUUCAUGCUCUCCUUCGAGACCCAUGAGAUCACUUUGCUGGCCGGAGAUCUCAGACAUUGGGGCAGCAAAGAUGGUGUAGGUCAGCUGGCGCGCUUUUGGCACCUGAAACGGCCAGUGGUGAACGACAGGUACCUCUUCAUGCGCACCGAAGGGCCUGCCAUUUACCAAUGGCGGCAGUGCCGAUUGGAUCUGAAGACCUUAGAAGUGAACAGUGUGAUCUUCGAAGGUGUCGAUCACAACGGCCUGCUGACCUACUGUGCCUCCGAGCGUGAGGUCUAUGUGGUGCAGUACGUGGGUCAGGGGGCACAGCUGCUGGUCGCUUCGUUGGAGGAAGAUCACGAGGUGCAGCUGGCGCAUCAGCAGUUCACCGGGAUUGACCUCGCGGAGCCGGUCUCCAGCGUGGCUUUCCGGCUGCGCUGCAAAGCCAAGCUCCAUGUCGACCGGAGGAUCCUCUUGGCCCGUUCCGAGCACUUCCGGAAGCUCCUCAUGGCGGACCAGACGAUGACCGAGAUCGAUCUCACUGGUGAAGCCGCAGCGGAUGUGAAGUCCUUCACCGUGCUCUUGCGGUUCCUGAUGACGGACCGAUGGGACGCCGCCUCGGUGGAGCCGGAGUUGGCGUUCAACGUCCGCGACCUGGCACAAAGCUUCGGGCUGCCCAGGCUGAUGGCUUUCGCAGAAGGCCACCUCCAACAGCAGCUCUCCGGCGAGACGGUGCUGAAGAUCCUGGGCCGUGUCAUCGGCUCUGCAACACCCUUAGAGAAGGCACCGGGGACGGGGCGGUAGGCCGCAGCAGGCCUGAGAGUGGUAGGGAGCUUCCUUGAAGAAGCGCUGUGACAACUAUUCAUACCGAGACCUUGCCUUCCUUUCAGGUUCCAAGAUGUCGCAAGAGCUUCCUCAGCACCAAAACAGCUCAGUUUAGCCAUGGGAUGUCCCACCUCAGGCUUUCGGCUUGAAGGAUGCCCAAUGAAAUGCAACAAAAGAAGCCAAAAGAGCCUAAGAUAGAACGGAACAGGUCACCUUUCCAACAGGAGAUCCUCAGCAACUUGUUUCCUUUGGGUUCGGAGUGUUCCGUGCUCUUUGGACAUCGAUGGAUGAAGAGAACCCCUCGCAAGACCAA